AAUUCUGAAUUGACCUGUCUCCAAACCACCUUUGUCCAUUUAAGAGAGAGAAAAAUUAUCCCAGAGUAAAUUGAAAUAAGAAAAAAUAGCAAUUCAUUAAGAAAGACAAGAAGAUCUCAAUUGUAUGGGAAGUUGGUCCCAACACCAGAAUAAGAUCCAAAAAUAAAUUUUCUUUUGAUUAAGUACAUUAGUUCCAUAACUCAAUAACUUAAAUGUAGAAUGAGAUCUUCUUGAUUGAUUUGCACACAUGCAACAAACCCAAGAUUCAGUAAGUGAAGACAAUAAUGAUAAUAAGACUCCUAGUUCAGUAGCCAGUACAUAGAAUCAUAACAUGAUUAUUAUUUGUUUCCUGAUCUUUGAAGACAAGCAUUGGCAGAUAUUAUCAUAAGGGCUGAGAGACAAAAGGGAGGGGUGCCAUUUGUCUUGGUAGUCAAACAAAUUGCUUCAAAAGUUGCUAAACAUGAUUGCAAAAUUUAGAAACUUGCAUUUUACUCAAAAAAGUGAACUACUACUACACAACUCAUCAGUAAAAACCUGUCUUACAUACCUUCAUGAAGUUCAUUCUACCAUCAAGAUCAACACACAAGGUAACACACGGAGCAUGGCGUGUUUCGAACGUGCAUCGCCAGCAUUGAAGGAGAUUCUGCUCAGAUUAUACCGAGAUGAACGGAUCAUUGAUGCCGACCAUCACCUUCAUGAAUUUGGGUCCGUUGAAUAUUACAUUCAGUCCUUGGUGUCAGAUCCUGAUCAUACCUACUUAUCAAUAUCAACCCCAAUUCUGUCUCAAGCAUUCCUGAUCUCAACUCGGCUUUCACGUUACACCAUGGAGAAGGUAAAGGCAAUUAGUGCUGAAGUUGUGGAGAUUGUUGAGCCUCCAAAAGAAGGAUAUCAGCUGACUUUACGACUCAAUUUUGCUAGAUUGCCGUAUGGUAAAGAUUCGAUAAAAACGAUCACAGACAUUGCUGCUGUGCAAGGUGUAAUUCUGAGUUCUCAGCUGGAAGAAAUGCUGAUGAAUGUGAAUUCACAAGAUGUGGCUCAAGGGAUGUACAAACCAAUCAAGCUUGUUUAUCACCCAAGAGAGCCUUUUUAUGUCAUAAAACAGCCCCAGAAAAUCACGGCAGUCUUCCCAAUGCGUUUUAAGGAUAAAACAGAUGUGAUUAUAGCAACAGCUUUCUUCCAGGAACUCAUGGAUGUUGCAAAUUCAAAAGCAUGUGCCAAGGCACCCCAUUGUAUCUGGUCCCCUAUUCCACCUCCUGAGCUAAGAGGAGAAGCAAUUGAAGACUUAAGCACAAAUGGAGGAUUUGUUUCUUUUGAUAUCACGUCGCGUCAUAUUGAAGGGAAAAGGCUAGACAAGACUGUGUGGAACCUUCUGAACUUUUACGCAUUUGUCAAAAAUCAUGUAAAGAGCACUCGAGGAUUCAUACAAAGAAGGAUGAGAACAUGUCUGAAGAGUCUGGUUGAGGUCUUAGAGAAAACGGGACUUCAAGAUGACCAACAGAUUAAAGAGGUGAAAGGAUACAAGCGCAUCAAAAAGUUGGUAAAUUUCUCAAAAUUCAAAAUACUCAGACAUAGAAGUGCUUUCACCAGUAAACUUAAGAGGAUUCCUUCGAGAUUAAAAAUCCAUGGGUUCGACCGUUUUCGUCGAAAAUGGUUGACAUUCCCCAGCUUCUCCUCCAAGACAAAAUACAGAAAACUGGAAAAAGAUAUUUCUCUUCAACAUAAUUAGGAUAGUUGACGUCAAAAGGGACAAAAAUAUCCUUUAAUCAGGAUAGUUGACACUCUAGCAUGUAAAACACCUUUGUAUUUCAAAUGUUGUCAAUACAUAUUGAUACCCGUGUACUAUGUACAAAUAUUAAAGCACCAUAAAUGAGUUGGUUAGCAGUU